UCCAGACACUCGUGUCACGAUCUGAAGCAGCAUCACACUCUUCUGCUGGGAUUGGGCUCUUCUGGAAACUGGUCUUUGGAGAAAUGAUGCUGAUCUUUGGACUGAUGCUGCUGCUGCAAACUGCUGCAUGUCUGGAUCAGUUCUGCAAGUUUAAUCAGUCUGUUCCCUGUUACGGAGCUCUGCGACACAAGCUCAAUGUGCUGAUGGUGCGGGAGGCUAGAAAAUAUGACGAUAUGAAGAUACAAAAGAGAAUAAACUACAACAAAACAACUGAUCCAGUUUGUAGAGUAAAGAAUGGCAGGAUGAGGAAUUGUGAUCUUUAUAGUAACAGAACUGAAGUUGCAGUCAUUAAUGGGACUCUGAUAAUAAACCGUGUAAUCAGAGCAGAUUCAGGGAAUUACACUUUAUCUCUCUAUCAUUGCUCAAACUGCUCAGAAACAUCCACAGAUCUUCAAGUGAAUGUUGAAGCUCCUAUUGACUCAGUGGAAGUGUCAAUCAGCUGCUCCUCCAGUGGGGCGAUGAGGGUUUUCUGCUCCUCUGAGGGCGAUCAGAUCCUCUACAGCUGGACUCUGAAUGGAGGUCCACUGAUGGAUGGAAACUCCAGCAUUGAUCUGGAUGAGGGAACUGAUGGAAACAUCAGCUGCAGUGUGAAGAACCACGUCAGUCACAGACAGAAGACUGUUAAUGUCAAACAAUGUCCUGAAUCACUCCCGGCUGCUGAUGUGGAAUAUGUUGAGAUCCAACCGCAGAAGAAGAGGAAGGAGAGGAAAGAGAAGGAGGAAGAGGUUCAGUACGGCGAGGUGACGUUCACUCUAAACCUCUCAAGCACUUACACACGGUCUCAGGAGGAGUGUAUUUAUUCUCAGGUACACAGAUGA